GAAUUUUAAAUCCACUAGGAACAACGCCAUCCAACGACCCGGGUUGAAGUGCGCAUCGCCGGUGUUUGCAGGCUGACGGUUGGCCGCAGCAGAGAGGAAGCACCCAGCAGGGGAGAAGGAGGAGGAAGAACCGCUGUAGCCUACUAGAUGGUGGGGGGGAUGAUGAUGAUGAUGAUGAUGCCAUCCAGGACCUGAUGUUCCCCUGCACGCCCCGCUGAAACACAAGGACUGUCGGACGGGUGGUGGUGAGGAUUAUCCAGGAGGCUGGAGGAAGGAAGACAGGGAGGGGGGAGGCAGCAACGAUCAUCAUCCGGAGGGGAGCGUUUUGUCAGACCGACAUAAGGCGGAACAGUAAUAAACUGAUCGAAAAUAAAAGGAAAAGCCCAAAAACCUGGAGAAGGAUUUUGCAGUUGAAUAUUUCAGCUUAUAGACUGUAAUGUUUAAAGGAUACUGGUCUCCAGGGAGGCGAGUCAGUUCAUGAUUGUUCCAGAAACGCAUGCCGAGCCAACAAAACUGACUGGGGAUCAGCCGAUUCCAGUAUUGUUAUGCAACUCAAAUCAUUUGCAAUUCUAUAGAAAGUGUCCUAUAUCUUUGCCAGUGCUGUGUUUCUGUGGUGCUUUCGAGGGCAGCUGGGAUUACUGAAGCGGGUCGUUCGUUUCGGUGUGUGAGUGUGUGUAGGGGGGUGGGGGGUAGGACCAUAGUGGACGCUUGAUAGUCGAGGUUGGAUUGCACGGAGAGAAGAUGUCGGGUCAGACGCUGACGGAUCGCAUCGCCGCGGCGCAGUACAGCCUGACGGGAUCCGAGGUCGCCCGAGCUGUGUGUAAAGCCACCACACAUGAACAGACAGCUCCAAAGAAAAAGCACCUGGAAUACCUGAUCCAGGCCACCCAGGAGACCAAUGUGAAUGUCCCCCAGAUGGCCGACACGCUGAUCGAGAGGGCCGGCAACGCCAGCUGGGUGGUGGUUUUCAAAGCCCUGAUCGCCACACACCACCUCAUGGUGCAUGGCAACGAGAAAUUCUUGCAGUUCCUGUCAUCUAGAAACACCUUAUUCAACCUUGCCAACUUCCUGGACAAAACCGGCUCCCACGGAUACGACAUGUCCACGUUCAUUAGACGCUACAGCCGCUAUCUCAACGAGAAGUCCUUCGCCUACAGACAGAUGUCUUUUGACUUUGUCCGAGUCAAGAAAGGAGCGGAGGGAGUGAUGAGGACCAUGUCAGUAGAGAAGCUGUUGAAAGGAAUGCCCACCCUGCAGAGCCAGAUCGACUCACUGCUGGAUUUUGAAGUGCAUGCACAGGACCUGAACAAUGGGGUGAUAAAUGCCUGCUUUCUCCUGCUCUUCAAAGAUCUGAUCAAGUUAUAUGCCUGCUACAAUGACGGCAUCAUUAACCUGCUAGAAAAGUUUUUCCAGAUGAAGAGAAGCCAGUGUAAAGACGGGCUGGAGAUCUACAAAAGAUUCCUGACACGAAUGACUCGGGUUUCAGAAUUCUUCAAAAUUGCUGAGCAAGUGGGAAUAGACAAAAAUGACAUACCUGAACUCACCCAGGCCCCAGAAAGUCUUCUGGAGUCCCUGGAAACCCACCUGAACACGCUGGAGGGGAAGAAGCCAGAGGAUAAGUCGCCAACUAAGGAUGUGACAGCCAACAACAGCUCGCCUGCUGCUGCUGCUGUUGUUGUUGCACCGGCCAGGCACGCGCCUGCCGUUCCUGCCGGUGGGCCCCCUGCUCGCCCCGGGCCACCUGCCAAACCUCCUCCACCCUCUAUCACCCCCACCGCACCAGCCCCCACCGCCACCACUACCAGCAAUGCUCUUGAUGAUGGGUUCUUGUUGGAUCUAGACCCCAUGUCCUCCUCUUCAAGGGGCGCUACAGCCACUUCCUCCAUGACUGGAUGGGGAGAUCUCUUGGCUGAGGCAACUCCGACUGUCACGGAUGAAGCCUCUGAAGCUCUCCUAGCAGAGGGAGAGUCUGCUGAUGCUGAUGAUGCAGCGGCUGCUACUCCUGCAACUCCCGUGCCCAAAGCCGCUGUUGCUGCCGCUACCACUGCCGCUGCUGCAGCCGCACCGGCACCUGCCUCUUUGCCCAUCUCGGCUCCCGCCUCAUCCGCAGACAUAGACCUUUUCGGAGAUGCGUUUGCACCUUCCCCAGGAGACGGUCCUUCUGCCGUGGCCGCGGGCCCUGCUUCUGAUGCUUUUGGUGGAUCUGACCCCUUUGCUACGACGGAGGGGAGUGGGGACAUUGCUCCAGAGCUGGACCUGUUCGCUAUGAGGCCCACCGACACGGGGGCCACCGCCGCAACCCCUCCCACCUCUAGUGAGGCGCCGACCAUCGUCGUCCCCAUCGCUGCCCCCGCUGCCCUCACCCCUUCUUCCACCACCACCACCGACACCACCACCACAGAGUCUACAGCCGCUCCGACUCUAGAUAUCUUUGGUGAUAUGUUUGAUUCUAUGCCUGAGCAAAGCCCUACCACAGAAUCCAAAGCUGCUACCACUCCUAGCGUAGACCUUUUUGGUUCAGACCUCCCUGCUGUUUCACGCGGGCCCUCUCCUUUGCCCGAGCCGGCUCCGGUUGGAGACAUCGUGACCGACUCAUUUACAUCUCCUGCUGCUGCUGCUGCUGCAGCUCCCACCCCAGAGGCCCCCUCUCCACCCAAAGCAGAGCCGGAACCGGUCAUUGACCUGCUGGACUCCUUCGGCGGUUCUGUGGAGGAGACGCAGAGCUCUGCUCCUGGAGGGCCUGGGGACGAUCUGCUGGGAGGCCUGAUGUCCCCCACCCUGGCUCCGACUGCUGCCCCAGCUCUAGUUCCAGCCUUUGCUCCUGUGCAAAACAACCUCCUGGAGUCGGGCUUUGACGCUCUGGGCUCCCUUACCUCUCCAGCACCGCCUAUACCUGCUGCAGUACCGAUAGUACCAUCUCUACCAGAACCUGCAACCACCACACCGGCGCCCUCUGGUGGCUUUGAUGCUUCAAUGUUGAUGGAUGGAUUAGGCGACUUGCUGAUGCCCGCCAUAACGCCCCAGAGUACCGGGGGCAGCACUGCUGGAAGCACAGCAGGAAGCAUGGGAACUCCCGUCGCAGCGGGAGGCAUUGCAGCCGCCACCCCACCUCUUACCAAAACCGUAGGGGGAGACCUGGACUCGUCACUGGCCAACCUGAUUGGAGACCUUGGAGUAAAGAAAAAGGACCCACAGAGUGAGAAGAAGCUGACAGGAGGCGCCAACUGGAUGCCACAUGUAGUUCCCACAAGCUGGGCUACACCAGGAGCCCCCAUGGCUGGUGCCACCCCCGGAGCUCCUGGGGCACCCGGAGCAGCCAUGGUACCACCAAUGAGCGCACAGUCCGGCUUUGGCAUGCCUCCUGCAGGAGGGCCUGGAGCUCCCUUGAUGCAGCCCCUAAUGGGACAGCCUAUGAUGGGACAGCCCAUGAUGAGACCUCCCUUCAGUGGGGUGGCUGGAGCCGCUGCACCAGGAGCACCGAUUCCUCCAGGACCUGCAAGCCAGAGCCCCAAGAAGCCCAAGGACCCUUUGGCAGAACUCGACCUCAAAGACUUCUUAUAACGCCCCAGCUGCUUUCUUCUCUGGAGCAGGGCCCUCGCACCUUUUACUUGGUGUCUGUCAACAUCUCAGGAUGUUCAGCUUAUUCAACCCAAUAAGAGCCUCUUAUCUCCACCCGCCCAUCAACACCCCACCCGUCUCCUGUGUGAUGUCGUAGCAGAAACUGUGAAAGUGAACCAUAGCGGAUUAUAUAUAUAUAUAUAUAUAUAUAUAUAUAUAUAUAUAAAUAUAUAUAUAUAUAUAUGAGAAGAAAAAUACAAGUGUGUGCUUAUGUAGAUGUACUAACUUUUUGUCUAAACAAAAUGACUCAAAACCCUGAGAAAAAAACAGUUAAGUGAAAGAAAGUGAAGGGUCAGUGUAACGCUUAUCAGUUCAAUUUUCUAAGCACAAACGGACAUUUGGAAAAACAGAAAA